AUCUUUAUCGAUAAGAAAUUGCGUGAUCGAGACUAACCGUAUACGGAAAGACGCCCUGUCUCUCGUCCGAUAGUUUGUCGUUUUUUUUAUAUAUCCAGGCGGGAUUUGCCUCGUUUCCCCUCAUUCUUUCUCUAUUUAUGCCUCUGAGCCUCAGAUAUCUGGUUCUCUGAUCUAGGUAUCUCUGGUUUUUGACUCAUUUUCAACAUGGGCUCCUCUACUCCUGCCCUGUCUACCCUCGUGGGGCCGACAUAUGCCACUGCGCAGACUCUCAUCCAGCAGGUUGCGUACGCUCUGUCGGACAAGCUCUUUUCCUACUCUCCGGAAUCUUUCGAUCUUGAUGCUGCUAUCCGGGAGUGGUCUGCACGCAAGGAGAAGAACAGCAAUGGCGAAUCUCCCGCUGUCCAGACAAUGGAAACCCGCCAGGGUGCCGGUAGCAUUGCUCUGGGAUAUCUAUUCUCCCCGGACUUCGACUUGAAGAAGCGUCACGUUCCCCAGGGAAUUGUGGCCUCGUCGGCUACUCUGCCUUACCUCCGCUCCGCGUUGGAACAGCUUUCUCUUCUCUACUCCGUGGCUAGCCCUGUUGCGGCCCACGUCGCUGCUGUGGACUACGCCGGCGAGGACGGUCUCGUGUCGGACUAUGUCACUGCUCUUGCCCUUGCGGAGGAACUUGGCCUGGGUCUUGUGUCUAGUGCUUCUGCCCAUGAGGCCCAGCACAUGGCCCUCUUCACCACUCUGCUGGCCUCCGUGCUGCCCUCGAUCCACAUCUACGACGGUGUUCGCGUAGGUCGUGAGACCACCCGGGUCAUUGACGUCCUGAACCAGACUAGCCUAACCCGCACCCAUGAGACCGUCCUGAAGCAGCAGGCUGAUGCGCGCAACAAGCACCUGGACAACCAGGGCAAGGCGCUCAGUAUCCUGCAGUCUCUGAACGCUGAAUUGGGCACCGACUAUGGUCUCUUUGAGUACCAUGGCCACCCAGAGGCCACGUCGGUCUUGGUUGCGUUUGGUACUGUCGAAGCCUCGCUGACUGCUCAGAUUGCUGAACAUCUCUCCAAGAAUGGUGCACGCGUCGGUGUGGUCAAUGUGCGUGUGUACCGUCCAUUUGUCGAGGAGGAGUUCUUGCGAGUCUUGCCGCAGUCUGUUAAGACCAUCGGUGUCCUUGGCCAAGUGCGUGAUGACCAGUCUGUCCAGGAGGAGGGUGUCCACUCUGCCCUGUACGAGGAUGUUCUGGCCACUGUGGCAUUUGCUGCUGAUCGUCCUCAUGCGCCCACCGUGGUUGAGAUCAAGUAUUCUCGCUCCCAGCGUUGGACUCUGGUCAACGCCGCGGCUGCCUUCCAGCGCGUGGCCGACAAGCCCAUCUUGCAGGACACGCAGGAGCAGGCCCUGCAACUCCUGGACCCUGCCCAUGUGCAGGAGUACAUCUUCUGGGAUCUGGAUGAUUCCGUCUCUGGACACGCUGCUGUCAAGUUUGGUGAAGCUCUGGCUACCGACUCCGCCAGCAACGUCACAACUAGCACGGUGUACGAUAACUUGGUGCAGGGUGGUGUUGUUCGCGUCGAUAUUCGCAAGAGCUCCAAGGCAUUGGAUACUCCCUACGCCGUGAACACUGCUGAUGUCGCCUACGUGGGUGACGUCAAGAUCUUGGCCGAUGUCAACGUUUUGGCUUCCAUCAAGGACAAUGGCAAGAUCAUCGUUCGUGCUCCUGGUGUCAAGGACGAUGAGCUCGAGAAGAAGCUUCCUGCUGCAUUCAGACAGGAGCUUGCUCAGCGCGGCAUCUCCCUUUACAUUGUCGACUCCUCGGCCACCGAAGACGCCUCGUUGGAGCCAUUGAUCUUGCAGACGGCCUUCCUGCGUGUUGCUGAGCCUUCUGCCGAGGCUUCUGGAAUCCAGAAGCUGUCCAAGGUUGUCGGUGACGCCGCUACGGUCGAGAAGGUCUCUAACGACCUGCACAAGAUGUUGCGCCAGAUCGAGGUGCCUGAGUCGUGGACUAAUGUCGAGGAUGCCGCAACAGCUCCUAGCUUACCCACUGAUGUCACUGCUAACAGCUUCGUGCCAUUUGACAAGAACGAAGUGGAGCCUCCAUCGCUGCUGAAGGACUGGAAGACCGCCGCCAAGGGUCUCGCCUUCAAGGAGGCCUAUGGAACAAAGGCUGCCCUCCGACCGGAUCUUGCGGCCAAGACAUUCACGGUGCAUGUCAAGGAGAACCGUCGCUUGACUCCUGUCACCUAUGACCGUAACAUCUUCCACAUUGAGUUCGAUCUCGGCGAUUCAGGUCUCACAUACGAUAUCGGAGAGGCUCUGGGUGUCCAUGCUGAAAACGACUCAGAAUCCGUCAUGGAAUUCAUCAAGUUCUAUGGCCUCAACCCAGAGGAAAUUGUGGAGGUGCCAAACCGCGAGGAUGAGUCAGUUCUGGAGAACCGUACUGUAUACCAGGCACUCAUGCAGAACGUCGACAUUUUCGGCCGUCCUCCCAAGCGCUUCUAUGAAGCUCUUGCUGAAUUCGCCACUGAUGAGAAGGAGAAGAAGGAGCUGCUCACUCUGGGUGGUCCUGAGGGCGCCGAGGAGUUCAAGCGCCGUGCUGAGGUUGACACCGUCACCUACGCUGACAUCCUGCUUGAAUUCCCCUCUGCUCACCCUGCCUUCCACGACAUUGUGCGCAUUGUCAGCCCGAUGAAGCGCCGUGAGUACUCCAUUGCUUCUUGCCAGAAGGUCACCCCGACCUCGGUUGCCCUGAUGAUUGUUGUGGUCAACUGGGUUGAUCCCAAUGGCCGCGACCGCUUCGGACAAGCUACCCGCUAUCUCAAGGACCUCAAGCCUGGCACUCCAGUCACUGUCAGCGUCAAGUCCAGUGUGAUGAAGUUGCCUCCCAAGUCUACCCAGCCUCUUAUCAUGGCUGGUCUCGGAACCGGUCUUGCGCCGUUCCGCGCCUUCGUGCAGCACCGUGCCAUGGAGAAGGCCCAGGGCAAGGAAGUUGGUGCUGUCCUGUUGUACAUGGGCUCUCGUCACCAGCGCGAAGAAUACUGUUACGGAGAGGAGUGGGAAGCCUACCAGGCCGCCGGCGUCAUCACCGUCCUGGGUCGUGCGUUCUCCCGUGACCAGCCCGAGAAGAUCUACAUCCAGGACCGCAUGCGCCAGACCCUGCCUGAGAUUAUCCAGGCGUACAUCCGCGAUGAUGGUGCUUUCUACCUCUGUGGUCCCACCUGGCCUGUUCCCGAUGUCACGGCCGUGCUGGAGGAAGCUAUCACCACCGAAGCCCAGGCGAACGGAAAGAGGGUUGAGGCUCGCAAGGAGAUCGAGAAGCUCAAGGACCAGGAGAGAUAUGUCCUGGAGGUCUACUGAUCACAUUGAUUCGCAUCUGCAGUCAUUUCGCGUUAGAAACCAUGAUAUCCAGACACUUUAGCGAAUGAUAGAUAGAUACCUGCUUUAAGUAAUGAUUUUCAGGAUCAAUGUGAAAAGUUUCUCUUGCCGUACAAUCUAA